UCAGCCAUCGAAUUCUCCGGACUCAUUUUAGUGAUGGAACAACUUCCGGAAUAAACAAUACUGAUAUCGGUUGAGCGUGUGUGGAGAUUUUGGGCAAACAUUGUUUCAUAGUAAUGCUGCACUUUAUUUUUGUCACUAGGUAAAUAUUUUGGAGUGCAUGUUUUCACUGAUGGAGAAAUAAUGUUGUAGUAGUUGGUUUGUUAACUAAGCUUCGUAGAAAUGAAAUAUGCAGCCUAGCCUUGUAGUUAAUAGACGUUUGCAACCAUAACCCAUUUGAACAAUUAGAGUAUAAAAUGGGUGUCCAGGGACUUAACCACUUCAUGGAGGACUGUUGCCCGGAGACAUGCAUAAAAGUGGACUUAAAAAAGAUGGCAGUGGAUCAUAUGAACGAAUACCCAGGCAGCAGUCCCACACUGGUAGUUGAUGGAAUGGCAUGUGUGAGACAGUGGUACAGCUGUCAAGCAUGGGUUCACGGAGGACAGUGGAAAGAGUACUUGCACAUUUUGAAUGAGUUUGUGUCUGCAUUCUCUGCAGCAGGUAUUAGGCUGGUGUUUUACUUUGACGGGGUAGUGGAGGAACGCAAGCGAGCCGAAUGGGUACGACGCCGGCUCAGGUCAAACAAGGACAUUGCUAAGUUAUUCGAUGUCAUUAAGGGCCAUGGCCAGCAGCCUGGCAGGGACAUGUUCACUCUCCCGUCCGGCCUGGCCACCUUCUCCCGGUUUGCCCUCAAGUCACUGGGACAAGAGACCAAGUGCUCCACCCGAGAAGGUGACUAUGAAAUCGCCAGCUAUGCCAACAAUCAGAACUGCAUGGGCAUUCUUGGUCAGGACUCAGACUAUGUCAUAUAUGAUACUGUCCCGUACCUGUCAGCGAGUAAGCUGUGUUUGCAGAGCAUGACCACUGUGCUGUUUUCCAGAGAAAGGCUGUGCCAUGCUCUGGGGCUGGAGAAAACAGACCUCCCACUGAUGGCUUGUCUUUUGGGGAAUGAUGUAGUUCCAGACACUUGUAUUAGGCACAUCCGAUACAGAUUGGUAAAUGAGUAUCGCAGCAGACAUGGGCGACGUCAAGGGGAAAAGGUCCUUGCUGUUGCUGAUUUCAUUAGCAAUUAUCAUCCCCUCAGAGAUGGGUCUGAGGGCAUUGCCUCUCUAUCACUUCCGGUUGGAGACAAACAUCUCCUGGAAAAUGGAAUGCACUCCUAUUUGCUUCCAGGUCAAAGAUUCCCAUGGACAAACCAAAAGUUGUGUGAUGCUUAUACAAUCUGUGCAAUGGAGAAGUUUGUUGAUGCGGAUAUAUUGCAGGCUGCCAAAGAGAAGCAUUCAAGAGCUGAGUGCUUUAUGCUAUAUAAUAUCCUGUAUGAUGGAGUUGUUGAAUGCAGCAACACUCUUGAAGAUGAAGAGAACAUCGAACUCCCCUCUCAGGCCUCUGUGUUUGAGCCUGUCAGAGAGAGUAUAUAUGGCCUUCUUCUCCCAACACAACCAGGUCAUGCUGUGCCGGUGCCUGUAGUGAAGGAGUGGUUUGUCUUUCCUGGAAACACACUGAAGGAGCCCAAACUGGUGUCACCUAAGCAGUUCAGUGAUUCAGAAAUAAAAAUGGAUUUAAGAGACCUGUGGUUUAGGAAAGACACCGAAGUAAGACCUCAGCAGUUUUCUACUUUCCUUGCUCUUCUUGGCCUAAAGGAGUAUGCUGAGGUGUUGGAUAGCCUUGAAGUCCCACUCGUGGUUGUCCUGUGCCUGGUCACAUACAUUGUCCUACAGGUGACACACCUCUCUUUGGAAGAUGUAGAUGCUUAUCUAAGCCAGGCCGUCUGUGUCAGAUUGAAGACGUACACAGACUUGUGCCAUACAAAGGUUCCAUGUGUGGACGCCAGGGCUGUUCAGCUGGGCUCCCUGUUUGUGCGGGGGCUCACCUACAUGGUGGCAGCCAACAGUGCCUGUGGCUCUCCCCUCAGCAUGGAGGACCUGAUGCCCUGGAGGAUGUUUGAUGGCCUGCUCUUUCACCAAAAGUAUCUGCUGGCACAGUCUGGACGGGCCACUGAGGAACUCCUGGAGGGCAAUAGCUCCUGGAUCUCACAGUUCUACUCUCUCAGAGAGCUGGUUCUUGAUACCUGCAGGAAACGUGGUAGAACAAUACAGGCAGCUCCAAGGAGAACUCAGCAAGAACUUGAGAGGUCUGUGAACCAGGAAGCAUGCUAUUGGGGAGACAGUACCCCAAGGCAUUGUGGGUCUUCACUGCACAGCAAUAGGCCACAUGGCAGAGGGACUGGAGCCUACAUGCAAGGUUGUGGAUCUCGAUCAAGUGCACGCCGUCCGGAAAGGAGGAGAUAUCGGUUAGCUCCAAGAUGGCCCCAGAAUAACCCCAGGCCCUACUGCCCAUGAACCACCACCAGGUUUAGAAGGUUACACAGAAUUUGCAGAUUUGCAGACAAUUUAUUGUGCAAUUGUAUAAAUAUGUUUUGUCAACAGCAACGAAACAGCUCAAUAAAGACAACUUAAAACCA